AAAAGAGAGUGCCCGGCCCUCGACCUGUCACACCAACCUCAGCGCUCGUUGAGUAAGCAACGCCAUACUCACUCACAGCCACGAUCUCUCAGUGAACUAACCCGGAACUACCUCUCAACCGAUCUUGCCCAACGCAAAUCGUACCCCUCUCAACACACACACACCGCUGCACAAUGGCCGCCAACUACAAGAGCUGCCCGCUGAAGAAGCGCCCCUUCGUCUUCGUGGAGGAGCACCCGCAAACGGAGGCCUUGGCCCUGACCAAGAACUCCUCGUUUGCCGCACUGCCCGCCGGAGAGGAUCAGCCGCAGGAUCUGUCGCUCAAGCGCAAGGCCAGCCGCGAGCAGGACUUUGAGGAUUACGAACUGCCCGCCAAGCGCGAAUACGUCCUGAACCUCUCCAAGACCCCGGAGACGCCGCGAUCGGCCUCGCCCCUGUGCUCGGCCCUCCUCUCGCCGAUAGCCGAGCACUCGGAUUACCAGCCCGAGUCCGAGUCCCAGUCCCAGCCCAUCGACAUUCACAUGCGCGGACUGACGGCCGCCACGGCCGGGUACACGACCAACCCGUACCAGUCGGCAUUCGUGAUAGCUGCCGGAUGCAACCCCAUCUCGGCCCUGUGGAGCAGCUACCAGCCGCACAUCGCCAGCCACCUGAGCGCCUUCCCGUCGCCGGCCAGCUCCAUGGCCUCCCCGCACUCGGCGUACAGCUACCAGCAGAUGACGCCGCCCUCGAGUCCCGGCUCGGAGGCCAGCUCCGAGCCCGAGGAUCUCUCCGUGCGCAACGACAUUCCCCUGCCGGCCCUGUUCCACCUCUUCGACGAGGCCCGCAGCAGCAGUGCCAGCUCCAGCAGCGGUAGCGUUGGCUCCUACGCCUACCUGGCCGCCAGCAGUGCUCCAAAUGCCAGUGGCGCCGUUGGCUCCGCCUCGAGCGCCGCCAAGAACUACCGCUUCAAGUGUGACCAGUGCCAGAAGAUGUACUCCACGUCCAUCGGGCUGUCCAAGCACCGCCAGUUCCACUGCCCGGCCGCCGAGUGCAACCAGGAGAAGAAGACGCACUCCUGCGAGGAAUGCGGCAAGCUGUACACCACCAUCGGAGCCCUAAAGAUGCACAUCCGCACCCACACGCUGCCCUGCAAGUGCCCCAUCUGCGGCAAGGCCUUCUCGCGGCCCUGGCUGCUCCAAGGCCACAUCCGCACCCACACCGGCGAGAAGCCCUUCCAGUGCCCGGACUGCCCGCGCUCCUUCGCCGACCGCUCCAACCUGCGCGCCCACCAGCAGACUCACGUGGACGUGAAGAAGUACGCCUGCCAGGUGUGCCACAAGUCCUUCUCUCGCAUGUCGCUCCUCAACAAGCACUCCGCCUCCAACUGCACCAUCACGAUUGCGUAGUCGGCAGCGAGAUCGAUCCCAGGCGGGGCACGUUGACUGUGCCCCAAAGAAGCUGACACAUUCCGCUGGCGAAGACCAAACUACAGACAAUAAAUCCACUCAGAUGCUAGUUAACAUUAGUUAUCCCUAAGUCGAUUCGGUUUUGGUGCUAUAGUUAGGACGAUUAUCCCCACAACAACUCUCUAUUUAUAUCAGUUAUAGUUAUCGUAGAUCGUAAGUUCAUGUAUAUUUGCCCAUCAUCACAGCAGCAUUUGACCAAAUUUAACCAUUUAGUUUUCUAGUUUAUUUAACAGACUAUUUUUACUCACGUAUUCUCAUUAUGUUAAACCACUGUUGUUAAGACUUUUACUAGUUGUAAGAACAUCUAUUUUUAUGAAAAUAAAACUACAAAAAUCACCACGAA